AUGAUUUUGACAGUACUAACUAUUCCAAUCCUGCUGACCUUUGUUGUAUCGAAUCCACACCCCUCAUUCCCUUCGGCCAGUGCAAGAGUGCAUCAUCGAAACGAGCGGCCUUCAUACGACCAGGAAUCGGAAGAAUCGAGAUGUCCUAGCCCUUUGCAUUCUUGCCCUAUCCUGAUCGCUCACCACCUGGAAGUUGAACCUAACGACUCCAUGCUCCCUACUCCCGUUAGAAAACCCGAAACGACGUCAUGGGAAUGUGUGGAUUUGCAAGAAGAGCUCACUGCCUGCGGAACUUGUGAUAAUGACUGCACGCGCAUACCUCAUGUGAAGGGCGUGGGUUGCGAGAACGGAACAUGUCGGAUCCGUAAGAAAUUGCUUGCAUCGUCCUUCCUAUCAUCGCGUUGA